UGCGUUGACCGUAGAGGAUUAUGCAGCACUGGCGGAUCGUUCUCUUUGGCCUGUACAUAGUACAUCAAGUGCCACUUUACUGCGAAGGUUUGGAAUUGACUCUAUCUGGUAUUGCUCUGGAAGGGACACACGUUAAGACCACUGAUAUUGGUCAGAGCAGUGAGAGUGGUCUCGUCUGCUCAUUUACGUCGUCUCAAUACCUAAAUAAAUUCGGUUGGGAUCACAAACUUACACUAAACCAAAGUGGAGACAGGGAAUUGGGUAAAAAAGGAUGGUCAUCUGAAAGUGGACACCUGAAUGGUCGUCAAUGGUUGAUACUCUUUAGAACACCAGGCAGCAGAGCCGUGGAAGGAAUUUUUACUUGCAACACAAAUGAAGGCUCUGUCUCUGUCAACAUCUCUCACUCCAUCCUCAGUGUGGUAGUGACUUUCGAAGUAACAGACAAAAGAAAUGGAGUUUUCAAAGUCAAAUGUACUUCUACUGGCGGAGCAGUACUGACAAUGUCCAUCAGUGGGCCAUUGGGUAGGCAGGAAGACUUGGAUACCUCUGCAGUAGGCACACCUCAAAGGACAUGG